AAUCACUCUUGCACAUGAUCGGGCACAGCGCAUAUGUCUGAGCAUUCACAGUCUCGCCUAUCUGGAAUAAAAGCAGCUCAGUGAUGGAGUUCAGAGAGUUGGGAGCAGACGAGAGCUCUGAGGGCGAUAUGGAGGAUCUGGAUAAUGUAAAAGCCCUGACAGAGAAACUCAAACUCCAAACGCGCAGACCGUCGUACCUAGAAUGGAAAGAGCGACUGCAGGCUCGCCCGUGGACUGAUGCCACACACGGUUCAAAUGUCAGCAGCCCAGGAUCUGUGGAGAAGGACACUCAGCUAUCCGACAUCUGGAAAGAUGGGAUGCCUUAUAAGAAUAUCUGCGGCUUUGAUUCUAUAGACGACGCGUUAGAGUGGCUCAGAAACGAACUGAAGGAGAUGCAGAUGCAGGAUAACCGUCUCGCACGGCAGUUGAUUCGCUUACGGGGGGAGAUCCACAGGCUGAAGGUGGAGCAGGUGUGUCACCGUCACAAAGAGAUGCUGGAUGAUGCCACGUAUGAGCUGGAGGAGUGUGAGGAGGACUCGGACCUGCUGUGUGACAUCCCCAUGAAAGCCACCUUCACUCUUUCCACCCCUCUGAAACAUCUUGGUCUCACCAAGAUGAACCUCAACUCCAGACGAUUCUCACUCUGUUGAGAUAUGUCCCUCAAGAAAACUCAGUGCACAGCUCUUUACUGACACUGGAAGCCAAAGAUUUGUUUCAUUUCAGUGUUAAAAUUGGACUAUUGAAAAAAAAAAACACUCUAAGUUUUCUUCAAAUCACUAAGCUUUAGUGAACUUUGAUUUGACCACAGGUGGUCAUAUCUGAAAAUGCAGUAACCAGCACUACAGUCUAUACAACUAUUAAACCACUUGUGAAUGCGGACUCACCUCAGGUCUGAGAAAGUCCCCAUGCACAGUUGAAAAAAAGUUUAUAUUUACUUUUGAAAAUAGCUUAACUGAUCUGAGAAUCAGGAGGAACCUGCUUCUGUGUCAAAAGGCGUGUGAUUGGCACACACUCCCAUGAGCGUUCCUGAAUGCUCAGAGGAGGAAACACUCUCCCGUCGGUUUGGCUGUGAUCCCGAGCAGCAGCCUCACAGGAAGUGUGAGUUUAUGUUCAGGCAUUUUGUCACCUUGUCUCUUAAAACCUUAAAAUAACCCCCACUCUACAGCUCAGAGCUACAACAACUGAAAAGCUAAUCUCAGUCUCUGUUCUGUUCAGCCUACUGUCGGUGGUUGGUCUUAAAUAAGUUGAGGGUACGUUUUUGAGAAUCUUGUGCUUGGGAAAUUUUUAUUCAGAGGUCAGAAGAUUUUUAUGAGUUUUUAUUGCCUCCUUUGUAUGUCUACAGAAUCCAUUCAAGUUUAGUUUACUUUAUUACAAGCACUGGAAAUUUAGCAUUGCAUUUGUGCAUGGAUACUGUAAGUGCUUAUAUCAAAAUCUCCAUGAUAAAAUUACAACAUAUCAAAAAGGACUUUUAUAAUUUGACAAAUUUCAAAUUGGGACUAAAUGAGUGUUACCAAUUUUUUACAGAUUUUAUAUAUAUGAAAUGUUCAGCAAGGAUGCAUUAAAAGAUUUUUACAUU